ACGCCCUUGCUGAGGGAGGGGCCCGCGCCGCGGCCAAUGGGACGCGGCUUUGUUGGCGGCGGCACUGCCCGAGCGAGGAGGUUGCGAAGAGCCCGGCGGCGCUGCGGCCUCUGCGGCGUGAGGGGCGCGGGCAGGUGGAUACAGGCACACAGAUGGCAGAUAACAGUAAAACAGAAGAUACUGCUUCAGAUUCUCUGGAGGCUGCGAAAAAUGCAACCAACAAAAAAAGAAAAGCUGGCAGACCAAGUGAUGCAAAAUCCACAAGUCCUGGCAUCUCUUCAGGAACGUCUUGACAACACAUCACUUACUCCUUCAAGUUACAUUGAAACUUUUCCAAAAGCAGUGAUAAGAAGGAUUGAUGCUUUGAAAAAGCUGCAGGUGAAAUGUGCCCAUAUAGAAGCUAAAUUCUAUGAAGAAGUACAUGACUUAGAGAGAAAAUAUGCAGCACUCUAUCAGCCUCUUUUUGAUAAGAGAAGAGAGUUUAUUAAUGGGGAAGCUGAACCCACAGAUGCAGAGUCAGAAUGGCACAGUGAAAAUGAGGAUGAAGAAAAACUGGCUGGAGACCUGAAAAAUGCAGUGGUAAUAGAUGAAAAAGCAGAAGAGACAAAUGUCAAAGGAAUUCCAGACUUCUGGUUUACUAUCUUUAGGAAUGUAGACAUGCUAAGUGAAUUAGUACAUGAAUAUGAUGAACCUAUCUUGAAACAUCUGCAGGAUAUUAAAGUGAAGUUUUCUGAACCAGGACAGCCUAUGUCUUUCUCAUUAGAGUUUCACUUUGGGCCCAAUGACUACUUUUCCAAUUCAGUCUUGACAAAAACAUACAAGAUGAAGUCGGAACCAGACAAGACGGAUCCCUUUUCAUUUGAAGGACCUGAAAUAGUUGAUUGUGAGGGGUGUACCAUUGACUGGAAGAAAGGAAAAAAUGUUACAGUUAAAACAAUCAAGAAGAAACAGAAACACAAGGGCCGAGGCACAGUUCGGACAAUUACUAAACAAGUACCUAACGAUUCAUUUUUCAACUUCUUCAGUCCAAUAAAGGUAUCUGCAGAUGGAGAGUCAUUAGACGAAGACUCAGAAUUCACUUUAGCAGCAGAUUUUGAAAUUGGACACUUCUUCCGUGAAAGGAUAGUCCCUCGUGCUGUGCUAUAUUUCACUGGGGAAGCUAUAGAGGAUGAUGAUAACUUUGAAGAAGAUGAAGGUGAAGAGGAGGAAUUGGAGGGAGAAGAGGAGGGAGAAGAGGAGGAAGAUGCAGAGAGUGAUCCUAAGGUGUAAUAUAAGUCUGUUAUUCAUUCAUACAUUUCUAGAAAGAGUCCAGCCAACCUGCUGAAUGCAAACAACAGUAAUAAGGAAAUACCACUUGGAAGUGAUAUUUGAACAACUUGUAACAAAUAGUUGGAUACCUGACCUGCAGUACAGGAUAUUCUAUCGCUGCAGCACAAUCUUAUUAACAAUGCUUAAAAAUAAUUUGUUUUAAAAUGCAUGAUUUUCACUAACUUUAUUGCUUAACAUGUACAGUGGCAACUUCAAUGCAUUUGGGAAAUAUGAGGUUUAAAUAAAGCACACUCUACAGCCGUUGGUACACUGUAGCUAAGUAUGUCAGUAGGCCUUUAGAGCCUUUUGCCCUAUGCAUAGGGGAAUAGUCCAGACUACCAUGUGAGGAUUAUCCAUUUUCUUGCUCAACAUUGAAAAUUGUGGAAUAGCAAUGUGCUGAGAAGCUAAAGUAAAUGGAUUACAUGUAUGGUAGCUGAAACAGAUAGAGCAAUAUGACUUUUUUGCUAGUUCCCUCCCCCCUUUUUUAAUGUUUCUCGCAACCUAAAAAUUGAACUAGUGCUUGAGCAGCUUUAAAUGUCAUAUUUAUUAUCUCAGUACAACCAGUUGAGUUGAAGUAAUUUUACUUCAUUGAAGAGGGUGUCAUAUUUGAGACUUAGUUGUUCAUGUUACUAUUUAUUUAUUCAUGUUUGUAAGUACUUUGACAGAAUUAGUGCUUUUUAAUAGUUUUUAAUAUACUUGAAAAAUCUUCUUCCUCUUUUGCAUACAAUAUGGGUACUUGUAAAACAGGUAAUUCAAAGUGGUCUCAAUGUAGUAGUCUAGACAGAAGAAACAAACUUGCAUCAAAAUGACAACUCUUCUGGAUGAAGAUCAAAAUGCAAAGGCCAAACUGUUGCUUUUGGUGAAAGUGGGUUGCAGCCAAAGAACCAGACAAUUUCCAGUAGUCUUACUGCUUAGUGUCCAGCAUGAAAGGACCUUUCACUAUGAACACGGAAAUUUAUCAAAAUGAAUCAGUUCAAUAAAUCUGAAGUUUGGGUGUCUUACUUGCAACACUGAAAUUAUUCCAUUCCACAAUUUGUUUUAUUUAAAGUUCUGAAGUCUUCAAAGCUGCCUUUUGUUGUUGUGUGGCACUUAAGGUACACGUUUCGAGUUUCAGCAUCCAUUACCAACCUCUGGCAGCAGUUGAAUCAGCUGUAUCAACACUGUGACCAGGCAUGUAGAGUGCUCCAGCCUUACCUUACACAUUUGUAACUUAAUACGGUGUUUUCAAUUUGUACAGAAUAGAUAGACUAUUCUAUUAAAGUUGUGAAACAUGA